CUAGUUUUGUUUAUGAACUUUUCUCCACCCAGCUAAGGAAAACAAUAGUUUUUUGUGUGCAGAGGAUAUAUGGCGCCAGAAUAUGCACAAUGGGGUUAUUUGACCGACAAAGCAGAUGUCUACAGCUUUGGUGUUGUUACAUUGGAAAUUGUUGCUGGAAAGAGCAACAUGAAAUAUCGACCAAAUGAGAACUUUGUAUGCCUUGUGGAUUGGGCUCUUGUUUUACAACAAAAAGGGGAAUUAUUGGAGCUGGUGGAUCCCAGAUUGGGGUCCGAUGUCAGUGAGGAAGAGGCCAUUAGGAUGAUUAAAGUUGCUCUCUUAUGCAUCAAUGCAGCACCAGCGCUUAGGCCUACCAUGUCUGCAGUAGUGAGUGUGCUUGAAGUGCGUACGGCUGUUCAUGAAUUGGUCACGGAUCCAAGUACUUACGGUGAUGGACUGAGGCUAACAGCCUUGACAAACCAGUUUGAUCACAAUUCAUCACAGAAUCAAAGUCAAACUCAGAGCCUUAUUCCUUCAUCAUCAGAUGCACCAUGGAUUGGUUCUUCUGCUACUACUACAUCUUCUGAUCUCUAUAAAAUCAAUCCCAGUACUAGUUCUUGCUAAUGUA